AUGAUUUUUGAGGGACACAUUCGAUUUGUUUUAAUUGUUCAGGAAUCAACAGCAGCCACCGGAGAAACAGCUAGGCGUCGUCCAUUACAGAUUUGUGGGGCAUCAAUGUUAUCAACUGCCCACAUAGUAUGCACGAAAGCACAAGAUUCUGAUAACCCUAUAGGAUCAAUGGCGAAAGGGAUAACACCAUUGAUCAAUUCUGCGUUGCCUUUAAUAUAUGCAAUGCAAUAUCAAUGGCUAGUAAGCCUCUCCUUCGUUGAUGAUCGUAUUCUCGCUAUUGAAAACAUUGUGGAAUUCAUUUUCCCGCCAUCCAAACGUUUGUUUAACAAGAUUGAUGAUCUUGUCUACGCUGCAGAAUGUCUACCAGAAAAGUUCGACCAUGUUUUGAACUCGUUCCCUGUACUUAUCCAACGAUUUCCUUUGCUAGAUUGGGUUUUGCACCAGCUCAUAUCAUGGUUAACUUUUCUUAUCAACACGUUUACUCAUUGGGGAUCGAAGGAUAAUACAAGGGAGAAGGAGAUCACGAUUGAUAUGAAUUGCAGCAAAUCAGAAUCGGCAGAUUGUUACCCUGUAGAUUAUUCACAAGUACUUACAAAUGCCUUGCAAACCGAAGAAGCAAAAAGAUUGUUACCAAUAGCAGACACUUCAGAACAUUGGAAUAAAAUAGUCGAGGAAGCAUAUUGUCCUGAUGAAUCUCCAUGUACUUCAUUUGAGUCAGCAACUUCAUCUCCAUUGUCUGUUUUAUCACAAGAUGAGGCGAAAUCAGCAGGCAAAAAGGGCAAGUCAGAUAAUUUGAAGUGCAGUUAUAAGGAAAUUCUUGAGCGGGGGGUGAAUGAAAACACAGGAAAUGAAGAAAUAGAUGCCCCGCAAGAGUUUGGCUGGGAGAAAGAUGCCAAAAAAAGCAAGGAAGAAAGGCAAUGGAGGUCACCAGAUUCUUUGAGCUUUCUUGAUCACCCAUUGGCAUCACCGCAUCAGUCGCAUAUUUUAGAUGAAUGCUUGGUAUGGAUCGUUUUGCACGACUGGAAUACAGGUAAAAUUCCAUACUAUACUCUGCCUCCCAUUAGGAAUGAAGGAGAGCAUUCCGAGGAAAAGAUUGUCGCCGUACUUGGGAAGGAGUUCAAUGUAGAUGAAGUUUAUGGUGGUGAAUCUUCAUUUAUUGGCAGUUUGAAAUCUAUCAAUGAUUUCAACUGUGUAGAAGUUCCUUCAAAUGGACUUCUCAAUUUUGAUGAGAAGAUGCUUGAGGAUGAUGUAUCACUACCAGAUUUAAAUCAAAGCAAGGAUUCUGGAGAUCAAGUCAGCAAUGAUGAAGACCAGUCUAUGGAAUCUGGAGACGAGGAUGGAGGGCACGAAAAGACUGAAUUUACCAAUAGCAGGCAAAACAAGAAGCUGUACACUGAGGAAGGCAUGCUGAACACCAAGUUGAGAAAGGCAGAGAAAAAAAGACGGAAAAAGGAAAACCAAUCAUCUGCAAUGGAACGUGGCUUGGACUAUGAUUACGAUUUUAAGGUUGAUUAUGUCAGGAAGGAGUCUGCUAUGGAUGUUGGGGAUGAGGACGACAAAGCUGAUGACACCAAUCAAAACAAAUUCGCGUUGCCCACUGGUGUUGAAUUGGAUAAAGAUUAA